UGUCCACUAGAAAGACUAACUUCAUCACAUUUUUUUUUAAGUUUUAAGAAACAGUACUGUGGUUAAAACAAAUAUCAUUGCCACCAGAUAAUUUUCUAAUAGGCCAAAUAAAUGUAGUCACAAUUUCAACGUGAAAUCCAAAUACGUAACUACGUCAUUUACGCAAGUCAGUGACGGUGGUGUUUUCCCGGGAAAUGCAGACACGUGACGAUGGAACGCGCGAAACAGACGACAAACAACCCACCAGGAGGAAAGUCAUUUCAAGAAAGAAAGUCGCCAUGCUGGGAAAUAAAAGACGUAGGAAACCUCUGCAGGACGCUGAGCAUCACAUUACCUGUAAAACUGACAAGCCUGGGCUUCGAGAGCAGUUCAUCAGCAAAUAUAAAGGGCGUGGAGUUUUCACCACUGGAGCUUUUUUCAGAGGUGAUUUUGUUCUUGAAUACAGAGGUGAACUUCUGAGUUCACAGGAGAGUCUGGACCGAACUGAACACUACACUGAAGCUGAGAACACGUUCCUGUUUGAUUUUCAGUGGCAUGGAAAGAAUUGGUGCAUGGAUGCAUCUAAAGAAGACUCGUCUUUGGGAAGACUUGCAAACGAUGAGACCAGAAAUCCUACUUGCAAAAUGAGAACUGUUGAAGUGAGCAGAAAACCUCACCUGUGUCUGUUUGCUGUACGAGACAUUCUACCAGGAGAGGAAAUCACUUACAAUUAUGGAGACUCAGAUUGGCCAUGGCGAGUCAAGACUUUGAAUAAAGCAUCAGAAUCCACUGAUAAAACGCCAGCCAGCAGUUUGCGCCUGCAUAAAUCCCCCCAUUGUGCAGCUUCUGUUUCCUCUCCUGAACUGGACAAGGUAAACAGCAAUGGUCCUCAUAAGAAGUCAGGCAAAGCAAGAACAUCAAGGAAUAAAACGAAGCAGUUCCAAUCAAGACUGUUACAGUCAUCCUCAGUCGCAUCCACAUCUGAUGCACCCUCUUCAUCGGCACCCUGUGCUUUGUUCACCUCUAUAAUGGCCUUAUCAACCUCAUGCCCUCCUGCCCUGUCCUCAUCACCGUCAACACCACCUGCGCCACCCACGUCACCUUCAACCUCGCCUGUGCAGCCCUCAUCACCUUCUCAUGCGCAGCCCUCAUCAUCCUCGCCUGCGCAGCCUUCAUCACCUUCUCAUGUGCAGCCCUCAUCAUCCUCAUCCUCGCCUGCGCAGCCCUCAUCACCUUCUCAUGUGCAGCCCUCAUCACCUUCUCAUGUGCAGCCCUCAUCAUCCUCAUCCUCGCCUGCGCAGCCCUCAUCACCUUCUCAUGUGCAGCCCUCAUCAUCCUCAUCCUCGCCUGCGCAGCCUUCAUCACCUUCUCAUGUGCAGCCC